AGAAGCGUCAGGGCAGGGUCUGCGGACUUUCUAGGCUUCGGCGUUUCUUUACAAACACAUCAGCUGACGUGGGGGGGGGGGGAGUCGAGAAGCGAAUCCUUUCUGUAUCAUGUAAAUUAAGGCACUCGGUUCCGGACGAUAUUUUUUUUUUCUUCCCUGGUACGGAUUUUGUCCAAGGGGGUUGACGCAUUCAAAGAGCCAGCGACCAGCACGUAGCCAGCGCCCGCUGAGCUGAGCUGAGCUGAGCUGUGCUGUGCUGUGCUGUGCUGUGCUGUGCUGUGCUGUAAAGUAAAGCCCUGCGAGUGGUUCCCGUUGAGUUUGUAUAGCAAGCUGGCUCGCUAGCUUACGCCGAACCGGGCAUGGACGACAAAUCAUUCACCAAGGAGCUGGACGGAUGGAUCGAGCAACUCAACGAAUGCAAGCAGCUCUCGGAAAACCAAGUGAAGGUGCUCUGUGAAAAGGCUAAGGAAAUCCUAACAAAGGAGUCCAAUGUGCAAGAGGUGAGAUGUCCAGUUACUGUGUGUGGAGAUGUCCAUGGUCAGUUCCACGACCUAAUGGAGCUGUUCAAGAUUGGGGGGAAGUCUCCAGACACCAACUACCUCUUCAUGGGAGACUAUGUAGACCGAGGCUACUAUUCUGUGGAAACAGUUACACUCUUGGUAUCUCUGAAGGUAAGAUAUCGUGAGCGAAUCACAAUUCUGAGAGGGAACCAUGAAAGCAGACAGAUUACACAAGUAUAUGGCUUCUACGAUGAGUGCCUAAGGAAAUAUGGAAAUGCCAAUGUUUGGAAGUACUUCACAGACCUUUUCGAUUAUCUGCCUCUUACUGCGCUGGUAGAUAACCAGAUUUUCUGCCUCCAUGGAGGACUGUCUCCUUCAAUAGACACACUGGAACACAUCAGAGCGCUGGAUCGCUUGCAAGAAGUUCCUCAUGAGGGCCCAAUGUGUGACUUGUUAUGGUCAGACCCAGAUGACCGUGGUGGUUGGGGCAUCUCUCCCCGUGGUGCAGGCUACACCUUCGGGCAAGACAUUUCUGAGACCUUCAACCAUGCAAAUGGCCUAACUCUGGUCUCAAGAGCCCACCAGCUGGUGAUGGAGGGUUAUAAUUGGUGCCAUGACCGUAAUGUAGUUACGAUCUUCAGCGCACCAAACUAUUGUUACCGUUGUGGAAACCAGGCAGCAAUCAUGGAGCUUGAUGACACGCUGAAGUAUUCCUUCCUACAGUUUGACCCAGCUCCGCGCAGAGGAGAACCCCAUGUGACCCGGCGUACUCCCGACUACUUCCUGUAAAGAUCUUGUUGCCUGAAAAAUGUUGUUGCAGGUCAAGUGGAGGAAUGGAUAAGGGCAACAGGAUAUACAUAGGUUUGAGAAAUAAAGCAUUCAUUACCCCAUGGACCAAAAAAAUGUGUGCCAUAAUCACAAGAUAUGGAAAAUAUUACAUCUAGCUAAGACCACCACCAUCCCUCCAACCCUUUUCUUCUCUGCAUGAUGUUUUUAUUGCUGGAAAUGAUUGUCAUGAAAAUUACAGUCACAACACCUGCUGGUUUUGUCAGGAAAAAAUAUCUGCAAUGAAUCAAAAAAUGCUGAGAUUAAUGCCUAAAUGUAAGUAACUUUUGUGUUAGGAUGUUAAUGAUGACCGGAACGUGUUGCCAUAUACUACAAGUAUAUAAGCAGCAUCUUUCACUUGGCAUGGCCUCAAAUCAAAGGUUGCAGUAAAUAUAAUGUGAACUUUUUUUGUAACUGAAGCGCAAUGAUUUAUUUUGUGAAGUGAGAUGAUAGGGUUAGAUGUCAGAAAUGACUUUGUUCUCUUUGCACUUUUGUAUUUGAUUUUUAACACAUGGCACUGACAAACUGCAUUCUUUUUAUAAGUAGCCCUCUUUUCGCUCCGCUGUCUCAUGGGAUUAAUGUAUUUCAUUUCAAUAGGCAAUAUUGGUACAAAAAAGAUAUCCAUUGUAUAAUAACUUAAUGUUUUGCUGACCCACGUAUAUGGAAUAAAGAUAGAACUU